GCAUUGCCCGUGCCUGUGAAAAGGUAAAAAAAAAAAAAUUUUCUGUUUUGUUUUGUUUUGUUUUGUUUUCAACUCUAACAGUAAUGAUCUCAAAUAUCAACGCAGAUCAACUAGAAAAUGGUGUUGCUGACAAAAAGAAUUAUGGGGGAAUUUCAUCCGAUAAGAACUCUGAAUCUUUAAAUGAGACUAUUACUCCUCCCCCAUUCCGCAAAGCUGUCUAUAUAUCUGCUCUUGUAGCUGCUAUCGGUGGUUUUGUUUGUGGCUAUGAUACAGGUGCUAUUAGUGGUAUUCUUGCCAUGCCUACCUUUCAAGCACAUUUUUUUACCAAGGAAAAUAUUGUAUAUUUACAAGGUCUAUUGUUAGCGUUAUUUCUUAUGACCGCAGCCUUAGGUUCUUUCUUGUCUGGAUUCUUCUGUGAUCGAUUCAGUAGAAAGUAUGCUAUUGUCGGUUCAGCUGUUGUAUUUACUGUUGGCAUUCUACUUGAAAUCAUUGGUACUAAUUUUGGUGUCUUGUUGGCUGGUCGACUUAUUGGUGGUUUUGGUUCUGGUUUAAUGGGAAGUGCUAUCCCUCUGUAUCAUUCUGAGAUUGCUCCCCCUGAUAUCCGUGGCCGAUUGAUUAGUUUUUUCACUUUAAUGUCUUCGUUUGGCCAAGUUGUUGGCUAUUUUGUGACAUUUGGUACAAGCUACGUUGCAUCUGACUGGUCAUGGCGUGGACCAUGGCUUUUACAUAUCAUUAUUUGUAUUAUUGUUGGUAUCACAGUGACUUUUUUGCCUUACUCUCCUCGUUGGCUGAUUGAUAAGGGACGCAAUGAAGAAGCCAAAGCCGUCUUGUCUGAAUUACACCAAGUUCCUGUAACUCAUUCUAUAGUCGUAAAUGAAUACAACGACAUCUUUAACGAGAUUGAGUUUGAACGUUCACUUGGUAAUCGAACCUAUAUCGAACUCUUCCAAGGCCACAACCUCAAACGUACUUUAAUUGCAUUCUUCAUCUCUAUUUCUACAUCUUUUACUGGUAGUGUGGCUAUUUGGUACUAUGCUCCUCAAAUCAUUCAGAAUACUGGUCUCAGUGAUGCCUCUGCAUCUAUUGCUACUACAGGUGGUACUGGUAUCUUUUCUUUCUUUUGCUCUUUUAUCUCUCUCGCAUUCUGCAUUGAUCAAAUGGGCAGAAAGGCUCUCUUUUUGAUUGGUGCUGCUAUUAUGUGCAUCAGUAUGUUUGUUGUAGGUGCUAUGUUCCAAGCCUAUGCUAUAGUUGAUGUUGAGUCUUCUGCAGUGACAAUUGUUAAUGUUAAUGCACGCAACACAAUCAUUGCCUUUCUUUAUAUCUUUGUGGGUACAUUUGCAUUCAGCUGGGGAAGCGUCUCAUAUGUUUAUCCUGCUGAAAUCUUCAACAUGCGCACUCGUGCAAAGGGUCUUGCUUUAACUUAUGGUUUGAAUUGGGGCUUUUCUAUUCUCAUUACUUAUUGUGUACCACUCUUCAUUGCUCAUACAGUUUCUGGUGUCUACUUCUUCUUUGGCGCCUGUUGCUGUAUCUGUUUCAUUGGCUGUUGCUUUAUUCCAGAAACUAAAGGCCGAACUUUAGAAGAAAUGGAAUACGUCUUUGGUGCCAAGUAAACAUACACUGAAAUUCAUAUCACUCACUUAUUUUAUAGAUAUCCUUAAUAAAUUGGAAACGGCAGUGUCUGUGCGCAGAUGCUGUGUGGAUCUUUAUUAUAUCAUCAUUUGCAUCAAGGGGUGCCAUACAGUUUUUCUUAUGCUAUAAAAAACUGUUAAACUGGCUGAGAAUUUAAACCCUUAUUGAGCGGACCAGGAUAAUGCCUGCGUCGCGAUGAUGCGAUGAUGAAGUGAAAUGAGGAGCCAAGUGACUUGGGGGGCUCUAGGGUGAGCUUCUUGUUCAAUAGUGAAUUAGUCGAUUGAGAAGAUCUGGUUAAGGUGCUCUUCAUUCGUCAUCGUAGGGUUGAUUGAUUGUUAUCCAAUAAAGUUAUCUACAAAAAGACUAAAUAUUGAUGUUGAG